AUGUCAAAGUGGUGGCGAGCGGCGGCCGGUGCCGUCAAGACUGCCACGGUAACACCAUCCAGCCGCUGUUUCCACACGAUUCAAGCUAUUCCAAGACAAAUCUCCGGCCACAGAGUUUCCGUCCGAGAACGAUCCCUGGGGCGCAUUCCAGCAGUGGUUUUCUCCCAAAGCUACGUCCAAAGAGACCCUAACGAUCCCACCUCUAUCGCCGCUGACGCCUCCGUAUCACAGAAAGUCCUCCUUAGCACAGAGCGCAAGCAGAUUAAGGCGAUCCUCAAGCAUGUUAAGCUGCCGUUUUUCUGCUCGAACACUUUUCCCCUCCAGAUCCGAGCCGGGUCGGGUUCUUCCACUAUACUUGAAACCAGAAAAGUCUUACCCAUUAAGAUACAUAUGGAUGAAGAGACGGGAAAUAUACUGAACUUAGUGUUCGUGUGGGCGGAGGACGGAACAGAACUGAAAGUGGAUGUGCCUGUUGUUUUUACUGGAGAAGAUGUUUGCCCUGGUCUCAAGAAAGGAGGCCAAUUAAACAGGAUAAGGACUAGUUUAAAGUACUUGUGUCCAGCCGAGCUCAUUCCUGCAAAAAUUGAGGUGGAUGUAAGUAAUCUAGAUAUUGGGGACAAAGUAUCCCUGAAUGAUGUUGUCGUUGACCCGAGCUUGAAGCUUUUGAGUAAGAACGAGACCAUUCCCAUAUGUAAGAUUAUGUCAACAAUUAUGGAAAAUUCUGAAGCCGCAAAGUAG